GUUAGUGGUAUUUAUGUAUCAAAAUGUUUAGUAACGCUGCGGCACCAGAACCUGAAAGUAAAUCCAGUCCUGAUGCUAGUAAAACUCCUACACAGGCUGGGCCCAAGAAGGAAGAAGCUUGGGGUUAUGAUUUGUAUCCUGAGAGACGAGGGACUUUUUCCCCUAAAAUAGGAAAUAUACUUAUUGGAAAAGAGGGAAAAGAAAAUGCGGAGAAACUAAAAUGUGAACAAAAUGUUGUUGAGUGUGUUAAAACCAGUCCUAUUGUGAAGCUUAUGAUGAGAGCGCUAAAAAGCUCUGGAUGCCCUAUAGAUAUUCGGAGACAUUUUUCAUGUGAAGUGUGUGAUUACUCUGUCAGCGGAGGCUAUGAUCCCGAGCUUAAUCAGAUUGUAGUAUGCCAGAACGUAAGCACACGAAAGGGCAUGGUUCAAGGAGUCCUGGUCCACGAGAUGAUCCACAUGUUUGACUACUGCCGGAAUGAGCUGGACUUCAAGAAUAUGGAACAUCUGGCUUGUUCAGAGAUCCGAGCGGCAAACCUGACACAUUGCUCUUUCACUAGCGCUUGGUCUCAGGGCGAUGCUUCGUGGACUAAGAUUAAGAAGGCGCACCAGGAUUGCGUAAAAACGAAAGCUCUGUACUCAGUGUUGGCAGUGCGUCAAAUCGGCAAAGCUGAGGCUGUGGAUAUCAUCGAAAAGGUAUUUCCCAAAUGUUAUGCAGACCUGGAACCCAUAGGCAGACGGAUACGCAGAAACUCUGAUGAUAUGAUCCGAGUGCUUAGAGAUGCCUCUUACUAUGGGUAUGAUUGAUAUU